UGGAGUCUCAUCUCAUGUCCACAACUCACAAAAGCCAAUAUUCACACGGUACACACACUGCUCAUAUCACUAGCAAAACCAUGGAAGAAACACAGCCCCAAAUGCUGGCAUGCUCUCUGAUUCUCCUGUUCUUGCUCUCUGGCCGUUCGUUGGCGUUUAACACCGGAGGUGACGGUGGUGGAAAAAGGUCAGCUUCACCAGAAAUGUCCCAACCUAGUGGGGGUAGUGGAUCAGCUCAUGGUCCUAAUUGGGACUAUAGUUGGGGUUGGGGUUCAAGUCCAGGAGCAGGAUGGGGUUAUGGUUCAGGCUCUGGGAGAUCUCCUAAUGGAUUCGGCAGGGGCUUUGGGUUUGGGUUUGGUUCGGGGAGUGGGUCCGGCAGUGGGUUUGGAUAUGGGUCUGGUGGUGGCGGCGCUCGUGGAGGCGGCUAUGGAGCUGGAACAGGUGCUGGUGGCAACAGGGGAGGCGCAGGUGGUGGAAGUGGUGGCCCUGGUGGGUCGGGUGACAAUGACCACCAUGGGUAAAGAUAGUAAGAAACUAGUACUUGGUGUUUAUAUACAUGUAUCUUUAAGGAAAGUAUGAUGGAGAAGUGUGUUUGAUUUUGAGCUUUAUUUACAUUUUCCAUGUUUUAUAUGUAUCUUAUGUACGAAUACUACUGUUAUAGUGAUAUGAGAUAGAGAGGGGUUCUCCUUUCUUAUACUU